AUUGGGGUCCGAAAGGGCAAUUCAGUCAAUCGCUCCCUCAUUCGGUCAUUCCCACCAAGUAUAAUUGCCUGGAUUCCACUUGACUCGUUCUCCCUUAAGCCCUACAAACCCUAGCUCUCUCGGAGGCGCCUCUGCAGAUACUGCGCAUCUCAUCUGAAGCGACAAUGGUGAGAGUUAGCGUUUUGAAUGAUGCUCUUAAGAGCAUGUACAAUGCUGAGAAAAGGGGCAAGCGCCAGGUCAUGAUCAGACCAUCAUCCAAGGUCAUCAUCAAGUUUCUUUUGGUGAUGCAAAAGCAUGGAUACAUUGGUGAGUUCGAGUAUGUUGAUGAUCACAGGGCUGGUAAAAUUGUGGUCGAGCUGAAUGGAAGGCUUAACAAGUGUGGGGUUAUUAGCCCUCGUUUUGAUGUCGGUGUUAAGGAGAUCGAAGGAUGGACUGCCAGGUUGCUUCCUUCUAGACAGUUUGGAUACAUUGUGCUGACAACAUCUGCUGGCAUUAUGGACCAUGAGGAGGCUAGGAGAAAGAAUGUUGGUGGUAAAGUGCUUGGUUUCUUUUACUAGGCCAAGGUUUAUUUAAUGAAUGAGAUUUGAGUUUUCCUGAUUCUGAGGAGCUUUUGGGUGUACUUUUGAACAUCGUAGGAUACUUCUAUGUUUCAAUUUGUGUUUGUUUUGGAUGCUGAUAGAGGUUACUCAAACGUUAUUCGUUUACUUUAUCUUUAAGCUAUUGGUGUUUAUUUA